AUGCUGAAACACAGAGGGCUGUGCCUGGGAGCUGUGUCCAGAGCCGCCAGGCUCAGCUGGGGCACUGAAACAAGGUCCCUGGAUGAUCUGCUGCAUCCCCACUUCCCUCCACAGCUGGAGAGCUACAUCCAGUCUGGCAUAAAGCCAGAGAUGGCAGAGUUGCAGCAGACAGUGGUGCAGAACCAGACUGCCACCAUGCUGGAGAUUGGCAGCUCCCUCCUCAACCGGAGCGCCGAGCAGAGCCGCAAGCUCACUGACGUGGAGGCCCAGGUGUUGAACCAGACAUGGCGCAUUGAGAUGCAGCUCCAAGAGAAUUCCCUGUCUACCACCAAGCUGGAGAAGCAGCUGCUGCUGCAGACCAACGAGAUCCACAAGCUGCAGAACAGGAACAACAUCCUGGAGGUGCGGGUGCUGGAGAUGGAGACAAAACAGCAGGAGGAGCUGGCAGGGGCUCGCUCAGAGAAGGAGAAGCUGCAGCGGCUGCUGAGCCGGCAGAGGGGCACCAUCGAGGAGAUGGAAAAGACACUGCUGGCUGCCAGCGCCAACACCAGCCUGCUCCAACGCCAGCAGCUCCAGCUCCUCCAGUCCGUGCAGAGCCUGGUGCACCUCGUCUCCCAGGGCAGAGCCACUUUACCUGGGCAGGAGCAGCAAUUCCAGGACUGUGCCGAGGUGCACCAGGCAGGCAUCCGCACCAGUGGUGUCUACACCCUGCACAUUGCCAACCUCAGUGAGCCCAAAAAGGCAUACUGCGACAUGGAGACAGAUCAAGGGGGCUGGACUAUCAUCCAGCUCCGUGCCAAUGGCAGCCUCAGCUUCCAGAGGGGCUGGAGGGAGUACAAGCAGGGUUUCGGGGAUGCAGCAGGGGAGUACUGGCUGGGGAAUGAGGGUGGGGAAAAAAAGACAAGCCAGAUGCCCUACACUCUGCGAGUCGAGCUGCAGGACUGGGAGGGCAGCCAGGUGUAUGCCCACUAUGGGAAAUUCCAGCUGGGGAGUGAACGGCAGCUUUACAGGNNNUCACUGCAGGAUUACAGUGGCACAGCUGGGCAGCAGAGCGGCAUGGCACUGCAGGGCACUCGCUUCAGCACCCGCGACGCCGACAAUGACAACUGCCUCUGCAAGUGUGCCCAGAUGCUGUCAGGAGGAUGGUGGUUCGAUGCCUGUGGCCUCUCCAACCUGAACGGCAUCUACUACCCAGCCCGGAACAACAUCCGCAAGCUCAACGGCAUCCGCUGGCACCACUUCCAGGGGCCCAGCUACUCCCUGAAGGGUACCCGCAUGAUGAUCCGACCCACCAGCUUCUAA